AGCUUAAUUUUGUUUCCCUGGGUACAUCUAAAGAUACAAUAAUCAAAGGUGGCCUUAACCCUUUAACACCCAGAUCAAAUUUGUUAUUCUCCUUACUGUCAACCAUACAGUUCUUACAAUGUUAGUUCAGAGAAUUCAGUAUUGGAUCAACUAAUUAUCCCCAAAUUGACUUGUCUGCUUGAUAUUGUAUUGAUACUGUAAGGAGAAAUUCUGUCUUGGUCACCAUGGGGGUUUAAGGGUUAAAAAUGGGUGUGCAAGUUUUCUAUUAAAACUAGCUUCUGACUGGUUAGAAAAUGAAAAGGGCUGGAAUUUCUCUAGGUUCAUUGAAAAGUAAACUAUUAUGCUUAGUGAUAGAGUGUUUGAUUGAAACAUCGAGGAAUAGUCCAGAAAAUAUUUUAAUGAUUUUUUUUUCGACUUUUUUUUUCGACUUUUUUGUGGUCGUUGUUGUAUUUUUUCUCAGUUUCCAAUUUCCCCGUUUUGCCAUUUUUCAUCAACGCAAGGUACAGACCCAAGCUUUUUCCCUUUUUAGUAGAAAACUCAUGAAAAACAUUCUCAUUGCAGACCAAGAUCCGCCGCUCUGUCUCUUUGGUAAACACCCCACCAGAGGGCCAGUCUCCCAAAAUGCCAGUUGCACUCAAGGGCAGCCCUCGAACUCCCACCGCAGGGGAAAGUCUUAAGGAAAACAUCCACCGGCUUCGUAGGUUCUCCAUGCCUUUGCAAGAGGAGGAUGAAAAUUUGAGUUCCCCAGUAUCAAAUAAACCACCACUGUCCACGAUAUUUGUCAAUGCUGAGCCUCAAGACAAAAGUAAUCACCAAGAAAGUACCGAACAAGUCAAUGUAGUAAAGCCUGUUGAGGUUGUAAAAGAGGAGACCAGGAGAAAUUCUAAACGGGUCUCAUUUGGACCAGUUCUUAGUCCUGAACAGUUUGACAAAGAUCUACCCCCAGCAACUCCUGUGAGACGAGGUUCUACACCUAAAAGAGCUGCUUCCUCUGCCAAGAGAAGAAGAUCGGUUCUCUCGGUACCAAAAACUGAUUGCAUUAGAGAAGAUGAUGGAGGUGUUGAGGACUUUUUUAUGACUGAGGAUGUAGACUCGAACGCAAAGUCGCUAAAGGAACACCACAUUAGUCCCGAGGAAGAUAGCCAUGAAUCAGAGUCUGUUCGGAAGGAAAGCACUGCAGUGCAGGAAAAGGUACCAGGGUCUAUUCGGGACACACCUGAAAGAGGUCAGCCGUCGUCAGAACAAAUUACACCCAAAAGUACUAAACCUAAAAGCAGGAGGAGAUCAUCGUCUCUGGUCGGAGAAAUGAAGUUAGAGCUCACUGAGACCAGCAGAGUCACUACAGCGAGUGAUACUGUGACAGAGGAAUCGAAAAACGCAAGACGAUCGUCAUUGAGACUCGCGCAAAAAAGCCCUGUACAAAGAUCAAUAGCGCCUGAGACUGCUGCUACUGCAAGUAAUGACGAUGAAGACAUCGAUGAAACUAUUUUGGACAGUGAUGAUUACACUUCGGAUGAAGAAGAUCCAGUAGGAGGAGAGGGAAAAGAGACGGGGCAGAGUAAACUUGGAAAAGGCCUGAAAGAAGAAGAAGUUGAGCAACAGAAGGCAAAGAAGAUGGCCACACCCAUGAAGAAUGAGAUCGCAAAUGGAGUCAAUCUCCGACAAACUAAGAAAAAGAUGACAACACCUCUCCGAAAAGAAAUUGAAGAGGGAGUCAAAUUACACGAGACCAAAAAGAGGAUGGCCACACCAUUGAAGAAAGACAUUGAAAAUGGGACCAACCUUCGACAAACCAAAAAGAAGAUGGCGACACCGUUGAAGAAAGAGAUAAAAGAGGGAAUCACAUUGCAACAGACGAAGAAGAUGAUGGCCACACCAUUGAAAAAAGAAAUUGAAACUGGAACAAGCCUUCGAGAAACCAAAAAUAAGCUUGCCACGCCCCUAAAGAAGGAAAUUGAAAAUGGGACAAACCUUCGAGAAACCAAAAAGAGGCUUGCAACGCCCCUAAAAAAAGAAAUAGAAAAUGGGACGAACCUUCGACAAACUAAGAAGAUGAUGGGCACACCAUUGAAAAAGGAAAUUGAAACUGGAACAAGCCUUCGAGAAACCAAAAAGAAGCUUGCCACGCCCUUAAAGAAGGAAAUUGAAAAUGGGACGAGCCUUCGACAAACCAAGAAGAUGAUGGGCACACCGUUAAAGAAAGAGAUAAAAGAGGGAAUCAAAUUGCAUCAGACGAAGAAGACUAUGGCCACGCCCCUUAAGAAAGAAAUUAAAAAUGGGACCAGUCUUCGACAGACCAAAAAGAAGAUGGCAACUCCUCUCAGGACGGAGAUCUUGGAAGGCGUGAAAUUGAGAGAGACAAAGAAGAAGCUACAAACUCCGGUCAGGAAAGCGAUAGAAGAUGGCGUCACCUUGAAGAAAACCAAGAGUAAGCUUUCAACACCGUUGCGAAAAGCCAUUCAAGCCAAACCAGAAUUGCGGCAGACCAAGAAAAUUAUGAACGUGCUGCUUCAGGAUGAUAUCAAGCAAGGUGUUAACCUUAGGAAAACCAAGCAGAGCAUGCCACUUGAGGUUCAGAUUGAGAUCAUCAAAGGAAAGAAACUUAGGUCAACGAAGAAGAGUUUGCCCACUCCUGUGAAGAAUGAUAUCAGUGGAGGAGUAACUUUGAGGAAAACGAAGAAAAGCUUACCGACACCACUGAAGGAGCAGAUCAAAAAGGGUUUGCCUUUACAAAAGACCAAGAAGAGUCUACCUACUCCUGUGAGAAAACAGCUUGAAGGAAAAGUUACACUGAAGUCCACCGUGAAGUCCGUGAAGCGAAAGAGAAGCGAAGGUGGACUCAACGAACACGAUGCAAAGAGAAUGAAAACUUCACCUUCAGAAGAGGUGAAUGAAGAAAGUAAAGGGUUCCAAGAAGCUCCGGUAAGAAGAGCCUUGAAGACUCCGCUCAGGAAAGCCAUUAUUGCGGGAAGAAAACUGCGACCCACCCGUCACCGUAUGGCCACACCACUUCGCACUGGGAUCCACUCUAGACCAGCACUCAGAGCUGUUCGUCGGAAGUCGUCAUCUGUUCGGGACGAGAUCGGACCGCGAAAACCCACAUACGCAGAAAUCGUGAAAAGAGCUACAAAGACUGCUGUGAGAAGAUCUUCCAAGGGAAAUUCAUUCAAGUUUGGAAAAACGGCACCAAUUUGUAAGAAGGUAUGUUUAUGUUAUGGCGAGUUUUGUGGGUAUAUGGACUGAGGCAAAUUCUUCAGGGCUAACAAACAUCGAGAAGGUACAUGUACAACUUCUCGCGAGAAAUAUAACAAAAGAGAAAAAGUGUGGCUGACAGGGAUCGACACGGAUUGUGAAGGAGCUUCAUGGAUAUACACGUUGUGGCUUCUUUAAGUAUGAAGUAGCCAUGGAACUCGUUACUAUUGUAUUAUCCUCAAUUGUUUAGGUUGCAACAAAAUCAGUCAAUAUUAAGUUUUAGUAGUAGAUACGGAUACCACAGUACUCAACGUUUGUAUUUUCAACACUUCAUAGCGGCUCAUCGAGUACAUGUUGUUUAAACUUGCAGGCCGAAUCUGUUCCACCCGUUAAUGUUGCUGAUGUUGUUGCGGCAGAUCAUGGUAAGUUCAUCCUUGUUAUCAACUGUUGCGGAGCUGAAAAAAGGCUCCAAAUAUCCAAACGAUUUCAUGAAAUUCAAGGAAACAAAUGUUCCAAUUUGCACUUGUUGGAUACGAGAUUGGUUAUAGCCAACGAGAAGCGUAGCAACGCGUUGGCUAUUUACCAUCUCACAUCUAACGCACGCUCAUGGAAUAAAAGUUAAUUAUUAUUAACAAAUAUUUGUGUUACGAGAUCUAACCUGAAAUUUGGUGUGCAACGUUAUUUGCUUUAACUGAAAUUAUAGACUUAGAGUGCGAAAAAGAAAUCUCCCCCAAGAAAAAAAUUUUUUUUCAUCAGACUGGACCUCACCAAGAACCAUUUGUAGACUUAUUUUUGUUUUUAACUCAGAAUUGAUUUGCAUUGCCGUGCUUGAAGUACAUUUACAGAAAUUUCACCAUCCAUUAUCUUAUUAGCAGUUUAAACUAUCCUUGUGUAAAUUUUUAUUCGCUUUGCAUGUAUUAAACAAGUCAAAUAAGAGAACUUCAUUCAAUUUUGUUUCAUGUUACGGUGCUCUACCCCUAUCCUUUUUCUGACGCCUCUCUACGUUACUCUCUUACUUACACGGGUUAUAUGUCGACAGAAGUCCCCAGCAAACCUGUCAAUGACAGUCAGUCAAUCCAGAAGCGGAGAAGUGCACGUCUUGACGAAAAGGCCGUUCCCCAAGCGAUGGUCGACAGUGUGGGUGUGCUAAAUUCACCAGAGACCAACGAGAACGCUCCUCAAAGUACUUGGAUGUCAAGCCUUGCACGAGCCACCAACGGCGUGAAAGCACGUGCCAAACCCGUGGAAGACUUGGAAGGCCUGGUAGAAAUGUUUGCUACCCCACCGAUGGUUGACAUCAGCAAGGACACAUCCAAACAACAAAAAGGAAGCAACUGGUUGUCGAGUCUUGCCAAAGCGACGAAAGCUCCACGAAAACGUGGAAUGGCUGUCGAAGAUUUCGAAGGAGUGCCUGAAAUGUUUGCAACACCACCAUCUAUCUCCGUGGCCACACCGCGCACCACCACAGAAGACGAGCUCACUUCAAGUCCUGAAGAGCAAGACUUAAACUUGACAGAAUCCAUGAAACUAUCAAAGACGCCUUCUUUGAGAAGUUUUGGAGAAGAUACGGAGUUUGUUCAGAUAGUAACCCCCAUACACAGCUCUCACACCCCGUCACUAAGGUCAAGAAAUGCGCAAACUAUCAAGAGUGCUGUAACGCCAGAGGUGUUGCUGGAAACGAAAGAAGCAUUAAUGACACAGAAGACACCAUCUCUGCGAAGUUCAGCCAAAGAUGCUGUUACAGUGGAAGUUGUGACUCCGCUGCAGCCUUCUCGUACGCCAUCUCUUCGUUCUGCCAUGCAGCAAACGUCUGUCUUCUCUAGCGAGUCUCCAGACAUUAAAAUGGAGGUUAUUAAGCCAAUAGCUCCAACCAAAACCCCAUCUAUUCGUUCAUCAGCUCAAGUAAAGGCAGUUUCAGCCGUCAACGUUAAAAAACCCAGUACCAGUGACCGAAAAAGUUUAGGUCUGCAAGGCCUCGCCCGACUGAUGAAGGUACCGAAAGAGAACAAUGCCGUGGAGAAUGUCGAAGAUUUCUUUGCUCCCAGCGUUUUUGCAUCUCCCAAGCCGGAACCCAAACGUUACUCACGCAAAAGUGAAGGGUUACAAGGAGUUGCCAGGUUGCUGAGAACACCAGGUGAUAUGGGUGAAGGGGCCGCUGUAGAGAGCCCAAAGUUUGACGGUAUUAAGAAAAUGAUGCGAACUGAGAAAGCUGUGGCCAGUCCGAACUUUGUUGGGCUCAGGGCGCUGAUGCAGACGCCUAAAGAUUCUAAGAGAGCUGUUGACCUUGAAGAACACUUCAUAUCAGAUUUAUUUUUGCUGCCUGUCGAGGAUUCCUUCCAAGACACAGUCCAAUCCGUUGUCCAGGGUGAAUGUGAUAAGGAGCAGGAUGUACGGGCUAUCAACUUAAUUUCUCUAGAAUCCGAAGAAAAGACAGCUGAAGCAUCAGAGGACGUUAGCUCCGAAACUGUACAAAGAGUGACCCGAGCCAAGCGUAAGCCACCCAAAAAACUGCCUGAACCAGUGCCUAAAAGAGGGCGCUCUACUCGUGCAGCUGCAAAACAAAGCAGUGAAGGCAAAACAACUCCUUCCAAUCCGAAAGUCGUGCAAAGAAAGACAACGACAAGAAGUAAAAAGAGUUCGGCAGCAAGCCUACCAAGCACGCCGAAACCGUUAGAAUUUAAGCGCACGCAACUAGAUCCAAUUAUUGAAGUUCUUUCUCCUUUGCCUGUGAUUGAUCAGACGGUCGAGGUCGCCGCCUCCCCUACAUUGGUUGAGCCCGAAGCAUCAGAGAAAGCCUUUACGAGAGGAGGAGUGGAGAAAACGACCGAGUUCAAAGCGCAGCAAACGGAGUCUUCGCGAUGUUCUCGUCGUGGGAUCCGUGCUAAAGCUAGAGUAGAUUCUUCCUCGGAAGAGUGCAGUGGAGGUGAAGUCGCCGAAAAGCGUGUUGCUACAAAGAGAAGGACACGAGCGAAAGUCGAGGAAGACGGCGGCAGCAGUAGUGUAGAUGUACAGAAGGCUGAUAUUGAGACUGGAAAGAGUGGUGGUAAAGGGAGAGCAACGCGUAGCUCUCAACUUAAAGAAGCACCUUCACAAAACGUUACGCUGCCAAGAACAACAAGAGGCGGUCGCAACCGAAGAGCUGAAGUUGCAGAGGUUGAAGAUAAAGUUGUGAUUGGUGAUGCUGCCGACGAAACUAUCAACAACUCCACAACCACGCGCUCUCGACGCAAAGCCAAGACCACCGAAGAAUUUGCCUCGGUUGUGUCUGAGGAAGAGAGUGUUCGAAAUGGAAAAGUCCAACAAAAUGACGCAGAAGCGACAAAAGUAAGGAGAACUCGUUCGAGAAGAACAGCCGACAAAAAUAAUACUGUUAACGAAGACAAGCUGACCCAAAGCAGUCAAGCAAAGCGGACUAAGAAAGAGAGCGUCGCUAAAGCAGACGAAGAGACACAGUCGGAAGAGAAGGAGGCGUCUUCAAAGCAGAGAUCCACAAGACGCACUCGCGGAAAUCCGGUUGAGAGCAUUGUUCCUGAGAGCACUGCUGCCUCACUUCAGGAGGUGGAAAAUUUCCAGUCAAAGAGUUCCGUGAAAAAUGUCCGGGGUAAGCGAGAGCCCAAAGGAAAAGCACUGGAAGAGCCCAGAACAACACGGUCAUCAAGGAGCGCAAACCCAGCCAAAAUAAAACCAACAGUUGAACCACAGCUACCCGUGCGUUCAACUCGAGGGAGAAAAAGGCAGCUCGGUGAAGAGGAGGUUGCUGAACCUGCCGUUCCAGAGGCGAAAAGGAAACGAUCAAGUGCGCGAGCGCGAGAUGUCGAGCCACCACAAACCAGGUCACUGCGCUCACGAAAGUAGUAAUUGACCACAGUGUUCCAUGAUGAUAUUUACGUUCGCGGCACCGCUUUUCCGAGAGAGACUAUGAUUAAAUCAGUUCUAAAGUUUAUGUUUACACGCAUAGCGUUAUUCACAUCCACUCGCAAGCAAGUUGGGUGGACAAAUCUGAGAACAACUUUGAUCGUACGUAAACAUGCUGUAAAUAUUUGACUGCAAACAUUCUUUCUUAAGAAAUUGAACAUAACGAGCUAGUUCCAAAUUUAAGUUCUAUCAACUUUCUCUAUUUUUACACGUUUUACGGUAUGAAUUUUUCAGUUAGCUAAUUAACAACAGGCUUUAACCGUUUUAACGAGAGGUUCUUUCAAAGAAACUGCGAUCUUAUUUGCUACCAUAUUGCCAAUGACAAUUUAAGUAGUAUAUAGAGUUAUGUUUUAUCAAACCGUUGCCCUAAAGGUGGAUUCAAUUUUAUCAGAACCAUCAUGUUACAUUAUUUUACGUAAAUCAAAUUUGUUUAAGUUGUCGGUUUGUUUAUUCAUCAAUUAUGUAACGAGAGGCUUUUCUCACACAUGUAUUACAUUUUAUGAUUUUAGGUAAAGUGUGUUUCAAGGAGGAAAUGAAAAUUGCGCUUUUGUCGCGCGAGUUUCCUGUAUAAAUCGGGUCAUGACCCUCAUAUAUUCCACAUCAAGUAGAACAAAACGUGAAAGUCAUGCCAUGUAAAUAUCUUCAGGGCAUAUUAAAAUUAUUUUAUCCAU